CCAGGCAGCAGAAGUCACUUUAAACUUCACAUCGUCGACCAGGAUUAUUAAAAGACUGAAGAGCUUCACGGCGACUUCUUCAGCGUCAUGGGCUGCAGCAGCAGGGUGCUGUGGUGGGUGAUAGGGACGGUUGUUGUCAUCACGUUAAUAACGAUCUCAGCAGUUUAUUACAGCGAGUAUGAUGCUCCCAAAAGGCUAUUCACCCUCGAAGAUUACUUCAAUGACACCAUUAGGUGGAAUUCCUACAAUUUGUAUUGGAUAUCAGGUAAAUCUAUAUAUUACACAGGUUGGUCUUUUUGGGCAAGACAAUAUAUACGUAAAUCAUGUUGUGUACAAACAUUUUUCUUGUCUUUUAUAUCUGCAGACAAGGAGUAUCUGCAUAAAACAAGAGACGGGAAUGUCUUCCUCCACAAUGCUGAAACAAAUGAGGAGUCACUCUAUUUGAGCAAUUCAACCUUUGCUCAAGUGGAUGCCACAGAUUACAUGUUGUCAGGUGAUUAUAGAUACAUCGCUUUUGAAAGCAAUUUCACAAAGAAAUGGAGACAUUCAUACGCAGCCUCUUACUCCAUCUAUGACAGGGAGAGUUCAACAUUUGUUGUGCCUGUGAAUCUUCCAACUGUUGUGCAGUACUUUGCCUUCGCCCCAAAAGGAAACAAAUAUGCUUACGUCUCAAACUUCAACGUUUUCUUCAAAUCCGAUGUAACUUCUGAAGCUAUACAAGUAACCCACAACGGGAAAAAGAAUGAGAUCCUCAAUGGUGUCCCUGACUGGGUAUAUGAGGAGGAAGUAUUUGCGUCAAACGGGGCAAUAUGGUGGUCAACAACUGGAAAAUGUCUGGCUUAUGCAGAGUUUAAUGAUACAAACGUUCACAAAAUUGAGUUCUCUUGGUAUGGAGCGGAGCAGUAUCCGGAGACAGUGGCGGUUCCAUACCCAAAGGCUGGAUCUCCCCUUACCAAGGUGAAAGUGUUUGUGGUUGAUACCACAAAUCCAUCCCGCCGCACACAGCUGUUUGCCCCCGCUUCUGUUGCUUCUGGAGAUCACAUGUUGUGCUCAGUGACCUGGGUUACAGACGAACGCGUCGCUGUGCAGUGGGUCACGAGGAAACAGAAUUACGUGGUUGUACAGAUCUAUGACUUUGAUGAAAGCAGCUGGCAAGAAAAACAGAAAUUUGAGCAAACAAGCAAGACAGGAUGGGUCGGCCAUUACGUCCCCUUACCUCUUUUCUUUGCUGAUGAUAAACUCAGUUUCUACAAAAUCAUGAGUGACACUCAGGGCUACAAACAUAUUCAUCUUGUGAAAGAUGGCAAAAUGACGCCUAUCACCUCUGGGAAGUGGGAAGUCAUCUAUAUAUCCAAGUUAACAAAAGAUGCCAUAUAUUUUGUGAGCAAUGAGUACCAAGGAAUCCCUGUGAAGAGAAAUCUUUACAAGGUUAUUAUUGGAAGCAGCCCUUCUGCUCCUCAGUGUCUCACCUGUGACCUGCGUGAGGACAGGUGUCAGUACAACUCUGCUUACUUCAGCUUUGACGCCUCUUACUACCGAAUGGACUGCUACGGACCCGGGUUGCCCCUCUACACACUCAUGGACAACAGGGGCUCAGGUGCAGAGCUCUCCGUUCUUGAAGAGAACAAGGAUCUGGAAAAUAUUCUGUCACAAUUCCAAAUGCCGACAAUGCAGCAUGGCACGUUAAAGAUUGCAGGAUAUGAUCUUUGGUAUCAAAUGAUGUUACCACCAAAUUUCAAGAAGUCUAAAAAGUAUCCUCUUCUUAUUGAUGUGUACGGAGGCCCCUGCAGUCAGGAGGUGGACUACCGCUUUAAGCUGAACUGGGACACGUACCUCUCCAGUUCAAACGGGAUCAUCGUCGCCAGCUUUGAUGGAAGGGGAAGCGGUUACCAAGGUGAUGAAAUAAUGCAUGCAAUCUACAGACGCCUCGGGACGUUCGAAGUGGAGGAUCAGAUAGCAGCCGUGAGGAAAUUCAUCAACAUGGGCUUUAUCGACAAAGACAGAAUAGCAAUAUGGGGCUGGUCAUAUGGUGGCUAUGUCACCUCAAUGGCCCUGGGUGCUGGAACUGGACUCUUCAAAUGUGGAAUAGCAGUAGCCCCAGUGGCCAAGUGGGAAUAUUAUGAUGCAGUGUACACUGAACGCUACAUGGGCGAUCCCGCAGAGAAUUCAGACGCUUACAAGAAUUCCACAGUGACCGCCAGAGCAAUGAACUUCAGAACAGUAGACUAUCUAUUGGUUCACGGCACAGCAGAUGACAAUGUCCAUUUCCAGCAGGCAGCACAGAUCUCCAAAGCUCUGGUGGACAACCAAGUGGACUUUGAGACGAUGUGGUACACAGACAGGGACCACGCUCUCAGAGGAUCAGCCUUUUAUCAUACAUACACCCUCAUGAGCCACUUCCUGCAGAAAUGCCUCAUUCCUCCCAAAUAAAUGUGAAGACUGUGACAGCAUCCUUUUCUAAUUUGUGUAUUUUUUUAUUUUGGUGAUAUGAAGUGUCAUGUUGAACUAGAAUUUGUUUUUGUUUUUUAUGUGCAAUGGGUGUUCAAAUGCUCGCACAAAUGAGCACUUUUAUUUUAUGUGGAUUUAGGGAUCCUUUGUCAAAAUCUCGGACAUUCAAAACAAAGCCAUUGCAUGCAUUUAUGUUUGAAAACAUUCUUUUAUGUGAAUAUGACAUCAUACAAUAGAUAAAUAGUUCGGAACUG